AUGUGGCUCACGAAUCGAAAAAGGGGCCUAAGCCAUAGCGGGGCCGUCACCUACAAGCCCCUGACGAUGCCAUCGAAAACGCUCAAACGCGUGUCCGAGUCACUUGAUCUGGUGCAAAAUGUGAACAUCCCGGAGGUAGAUGAAGAAAGCAUCCAGAGAUCCGUCAAACUCCAUGAGAGGCGACGAAAGCAGCUCGUCAGUCGCGAGGAAAAGGCUCGGCAGAGUCUCGUUUCGGAAGAGCGGAUGGGCUACGCCGACGUCGUGGCGAGCGAGAAAUUUAGCAGGGAAUCGAUGCAAUUUUUCCUCCACUUUCGCGAUACGGCGAUCGAGGAACAAGAAGCGAGAUGGCGACGCCAGAAGGAGUGGAUGGAAUACCGCCUGCGGGAGCAAACGCGGAGUACCCUCGAGGAGGAGGUGGAGAUGCGCCAGAAGAUCGUUCGGCUUGAGGCAAGCCUAUGGCAGACGAUUGCGCAUCUCCAUCAUAUCGAAAGCAAACCCUUGCUUCUUGCCAUGCGCCUCGCCCACUUGGUGGACGCGGAGAGGAUGCGGCGAGGCUACCUCAUGAACGUGGAAGUGGCCGAGGCGUUAGCGAUGGAUAUUCCGCACUACACGCCUGUGCUGAUGAGCACGCAUGUGCGAGGCCCGGUGGGGAAAAAGAUAGACUAUUUGGAGAAUGAACGGUGUCCGUUCGUGUGUCUCGAGGAAUGCCCCUAUUACCCGAAGAAACUAGCCCCUUCGAGAACGGCCAGAAAACCCUCAGACAAAGCGAACGUCGGCCUUUCCAACGAUGAUGAUGACAACAUCCGCUUUCUCCGCUACUCCACCCUGCAGAAAGGACACUAUAAGCACCACUAUAGCUGA